AAUAGGUGUUAUGGCAACUUCAUAUUCCAACAAUAAGAGCUUCAUAGUGGAAGUUGGUGAAGAAUAUCCAUACCCUUCACAUGUUAUUGCUCCACAUUUUGUUACUGUGAAGCUGAGUGGUAACGACAAGUACGAUGUGUGGAAAACGCAAUUGCUAUGUCUCUUGAGGAGUCAUGGUAUGCUUGGUUUCAUUGAUGGAACGAUUGUAAGACCCCAUGAUGAUCAAAACUCGAGCAAGAGGAAAUUCGUAAAAGACAGAAAGAAGGCAUGGAUGAGGUCCGAUUCACUUGUUACCGGGUGGAUACUUGGUUCACUCUCUGAAGAAGUAGCAAUGGAAGUUGUCAAUUCUCUUACUUCCAAACACAAUAAUAAUACAGAUUUCACUGCAAAAGAUGCAUGGGAUGAGUUACAACAUAGAUAUGCUCCUUCAAUAACAGUGAAUUCACCCACUGGAAUCACGGCUGUUGAUAAAGAAGAAGAAGAAGAAACAAACACGCAAGUAACAGAAGCACCAACAGACAAAUCGAGUAAAAAACCUGAAGAUGACGUAUUAAAACUUUUGCUUUUUCUGGUUCGAAUUGGAGCUUCGGGAGCUGUUCGUUACUUUAUAGACAACGAUAAGGUCAAACUGAUGGAGAAAAUAACCAUUAAUGGCGACACAGUGCUCCAUGUAGCAGUGUGUUUUUCAACGGCGAAUCAUGAAAUAUUAAGGUAUUUGUUGUCUAAAAUACCGGAAGAGAAAUCACUAUCGGAUUUGGUAAACUCAGAUGGAAGCACCCUGCUUCAUGUUGCUGCUAUUGUUGGCAACACCGAAGCUGCUAAAAUUUUGUUGGAGAAAAGCACAGAUUUGUUAUUGGUCGAGGACAAGGAUGGUCACACACCACUAGCAUUAUCUCUUUCUAAUAUUCACCCCAACACAUCUCGGUGUCUUAUAGAUGAAAUCAAAAAUGAUAAUAACAAGAAGAAUCAGCUGUUUUCCGGCAAAACUGGGGAUGAUCUUCUAGUUCUUGCCAUCUCUUCUAAAAAAUUUGGCUUAGCAAAGGAUUUGUUGACGCAUUACGAAACUAUACAUAGUGAAGCUGUGCUGAUGGCGAUAGCUCAAUACUUCCCAUGUGAACUCAAAUUUUGGGGAGGGAUACGAGUAUGGCCAUUCAUCAAAAGGAGAGUUGGAGUUCUUAAUGAUGCCUCUGAUUUGUUACGUAAAGUAUGUCAAAAAAUACCCCCCGAUUGUAGUGAUCACUAUUACUUAAAUCCUAUUUUUGAAGCCACAAGACAAAAUGCAUUCGAGGUUGUUGAACAGAUUGUGUCACAUUUUCCGAAUGCAAUUAAGGGUACCAAUGAAGAUGACCACGACUUUAUCCAAUAUGCUGUAAUCAAUCGUUCUGAAGCAGUUUACAACAUGCUUUUUCAAAUGAGCGCAGAUACAAACAUUGAUAAGAAACAUUAUAAAACAAUCAAGGACAAUUCAGAUAAUAAUCUCUUACAUCUGGCAGCAAAUUUGGCACCUUCCAACAAACUGAAUCUUAUAUCAGGUGCAGCUUUGCAAAUACAACGGGAACUCCAAUGGUUUAAGGAAGUAGAAGAAUUCGUAAAUCCCAUAAUCAGGAUUCAAAAGAACUCUUCCGGUAAAACACCUCAAAAGGUAUUCACUGAAGCACACAGGGACUUGGUGAUCGAAGGAGAAAAAUGGAUGAAGGAAACUGCACAGUCGUACACAAUCACAGCUGCGUUAAUCACCACAAUUGUGUUUGCAGCGGCUAUUACAGUACCCGGAGGAGACAACCAGGAUAUAGGGAUACCAAUUUUUAGAAACAACAACGCCUUCACAGUGUUUGCAGUAUCGGAUGCCAUAUCAUUAUUCGCAGCUGUCACAUCGUUAUUGAUGUUUUUAUCAAUCCUCACCGCACGUUUUCCUCAAGAAGACUUUCUCAUCAAGUUGCCUAAAAGGUUGAUAAUAGGCCUCUUAGCCUUGUUUAUCUCGACAACAACCAUGAUUGUUGCUUUUGGAGCAACAUUAUACCUUGUGUUUGGGCAAGGGGACUCGAGGAUCCUUAUUAUAAUAUGUGUAUUGACAUCGUUUCCAAUUACCUUGUUUGUGAGGUUGCAGUUUCCUCUUAUUGCAGACUUGGUGAGUGCCACAUAUGGUCCUAGUAUCUUUGUUAAAUAUUCAUCAUUUAGUUAUUUCUUUUGAAUCUUCUUUUAGCUGUAAACUUCAUUCCUUAAGGACAAAU